AAAAUAUUUAGUAGUAAUGACAUUUGUUUAAAUACAUACUAUCACUCGCACUUGUGAAACUGGACUACUAAGAAGAUUCGACAAGUUGAGGCUAAAUACCAAUAACAAUCUAAGUGAAGUAGCAAAAAUAAAAUAAAAGCACAACUGAGUGAACAGGAGCUAAUAGAGUUCUAAAAACAGUUUUUGGAUGGAUUCUUGAUAUUGAACAGAUGCCGAGGUUGAGUGGCCAGUUGUGCAUAGCACUUUUAGGGAGCUAUAUUGAGCAGUUUAACAACAAUUCUGAAAAAAGAGUCAUAAGGUUUCACAUAGGAAGCGGUGUAAUAAGUUUUACCAGAUCAGAUAUGGCGUUGCUGCUGGGGCUGAAGCUUGGUGGAGUGAGAACGAUAAGUGAUGAUCAGUUAGCAGGAGAUUUCUGUAGAAGGUAUUUUGGCAAUAAACAAGUAGUGUCAAGACAAGAUAUGAUCAGUGCUCUGGAGGCUUAUAACCAUACUGACCCACACAUAGCAAAGGAAGAUGGUGUAAAGCUAGCACUGCUUUAUGUCCUAGCACAUGGUUUACUGGGACACCAAAUGUCUAGGCCAUUGCCAGAAAAGUACUUAAAGUUGGUCCAUGAUAUUGAAGCAUUCAACACAUACCCUUGGGGAGAUGAUGUGUGGGACGACUUGGUUACAAACAUCACGAGAAGUGCAGAGGCACUGAACGUGUGUGAUGGAAAUAGAGUUGCAUUCCCAGGAUGCAUGCAUGUACUUCAAAUAUGGGCUUUUGAAACAUUCCCGAGUCUGGCUAACACAGGGCUGUGCAUCAUAAUUCAAGGCAGAGAAACUGUGAUCCCAAGAACACUGAAAUGGGCUUUCCAUAAAAAGCCAUCCAUGGAAGUCUUCUGUGACCUUAUAUUCGAUAAUGGUGAGGUAAUUGAAACAUAUCUACUUUUAAAUUUGCAUGUCCUUAUUAGAUGAACAAAUGUGUAAUGAAGAAAUAUUUGUGCUUUGUGUUUACGGUUUGAGUGGGAGAGCAUAGUGCCAACUGCACAAGAGAUGGAAAGAAUACAAGGACUUCCUGAAGCAAGAUUACUAGAUGAAGAAGUAGGGCUGUUGGAGGUGAUUAAAGCAGAUAGAAAAGAAAAGCGUAAGAACGAACAAGUGGCAGCAAAGGGAAAAGCCAAAUUGUGCAAAAAAGAAGUUGCAGCAACCACCAAAAAGGUGAAGUUUGCCAGCAAAAAGGGGAAAACACAGAAAGACAAACCAGAGUGCAGCUCUAGAGAAAGUAAAAGAAAAGCGUCAAAGGAAAUGAUGAAUAUGAGAGUAGUGAUGAGAGUGGUGAUGAAAGUGAAGUUGAGAUUUCCAGUAAGGGAGUGAAGAAAAUGAUGCUGAAGAGAUUUGACCACCAAGCAAAACAAAAUUUCAAGAUGCUGGCAGAGCUAAGGGAUUUGAAGAAUAAGCAAAACAGACAAGAUGUGAUGCUAACAAAGCUUAUUCGUUUGGUGAAGGAUGUUUCAAAGAAUGUCAAGAAGAUGAAUAACUCAGAAGGAAAGACAUCUAAAGCUGAAGAAGAUGGCAACAAGGAUAGAAGUGAAAAAGAAAAUGAAAGCAUCAACAACAAUGGAGUUGAUGCACAAGCAAGAAGUGAAGAAGCACCAAAAAGUCUACAUGUCCAGGAUGAAGCAACAAAGCAUAUAGUCAUCCCCACACCUUGCAGUGGACCCGGUUUCCACAUAUCAAAUAUGGAUGCACAAACAGAAGAAACUGGAAGCAGUGAGGAUGCAGGGGUCUUACAGCAAAAAACUGCUUUGGUAAUAAAAAAAUAAUUAAGUUCAAGUUUAUUUUGUUCAUUACUUUUCGUUUAUGACAUGUUUAUUUUUUAUAGGACAAGAAGAAGAAUGAUGAGCAGAUAAGCAUGGAUGACAAUAAAAAGACCAAAAAUAACAGUGGAGGAGAAGAAAAUAAGAAAAGAGAAAAGGACAGAGAUGAGGAAGAAGUUGAUGAAAUAUGGAGUCAAAAAAAUAUACAAUUCAUUACAGAAUUGUGUAUAAAUGCAGAGAUGACUGAAAGACAGGUGUUUGGAAAAGAAAACAUGGAAGAUGUGAAGGAAAAAAAGGAAUAGAAAAGAGCAACUGCAAGCAAAGAGCAAGUGAUGACAAUAAUUUCGGUCAAAAUUUUUAAAUAGUAUAUUAAUGUCAUUUUUACUUUGGCAUUUUUACUUUGACCGAUCAAUGUUUGUUUUUGAUGAAACAUAAAAGAAAACAUCUACACAAACUUGAAGAGCAAAGAGGACUGCCAAAUCUCCUGUCAGGUACACACCAGCAGGGCAGACUGCUGAAGCAAAAAGAAGAAGGAAGGAAAAGGCCAAAAGACAACUAGAAGAAGAAUUCUUACCACCACGUAAAGUCAUCUAUGGACCCUUCUCAGAAGACCCAACUGAUACUAUUGAUGCAAAGCAAGCCAACGUAUUCGACGAAUACAUCCAGAUUGGGCUUCUGAAAGUUCCAAAUAAAGAAAAAAAUUAGACUAGAAGAUACAAGAUGGAGGAUGAAAGGCUGACCACUAAACCGUUAAUUUUGGACAUAAUGAAGAUACAGUCCAAAACUUGGUUGCAUGACCUAUGGCUAAACCACCAAUGGCUAACUUAUACGGUAUAGUCUGCUAUUCAAAUAAAAUAAUUAAUCAAAAUAUAUUAAUAACAACUAAUAUCAACUCUGUUUUUGCAGCAUGUAGAAGUGGGGAUGUACUAUCUGGAAAUGAAGAGAGUGCACUUCAAGUUGAGGCAGAAAUACGCAAGCACAGGGCCAUUUUUUAUACAAAUUAUGAAUAGGGAGCAUGAUAUGAUUUUAGAAGGAAAGACCACAGUCAACGAUGUAACAGACAAAGAAAGUUUGUCCCCAAAACAUUCUUGGAGUUGCAACAAACUUCUCCCUACACUGGGUAGAUUGCGAUUUCGUUUACAUGCCAUUGAACACCGGAUGUCAUUGGCUCUUAUUGGUGUUUUAUGUGAAGGCAAGAAAGAUCAAAGUCUACAACUUAAACAAGAGAAGAGGGGAAUCACUACGGGACAUUCUACCAUACAAAGAUUGCAUUAACAAAAUGUUACCGAAAGUUCUCGAUUUCCACAAUGUGUAUGAAGAAAUGGAAGAAGAGCCAAUGAGAAACUGUUGGAGAUAUUUAAUUGUGAAUCAAGUUGGUCAUAGAUUAGCUUUAUAUUUAAUCCUUGUAUUUAAAUAGUGCAUAAAUUAGAUAGAAAUCAGGCCAAGUGUUAGGCC